AUGCAAUAUGAUGGUAAAAUUUCUGACAUGAAUCAAAAGAUGGGAGCAAUGGAGGCACUUUUGAAAAGCAUGUAUAUGCAACAAAAUCCACAUUUAAGUGAAGAGGAAGUAAACAAUAAGAUGAGAGAAGCCUUGCACAAUGAUAAUAUUCCAACACCGCGCUCAUCGACAUCAACCUAUGCUCCUGCUCAUCAAAAGGUUAUAAAUGAAGAUGAUCCUCAAGUUGAACAAGAUGGCGUUCUCCAAGAUGACGACGAUCUUCAAGAUGAUGAUGAUCUUCAUUAUGAUCUUGAUGACGAUCUCCAAUAUGAUCAAGAUGACGAUCUUCAAUAUGAUCAAGUUGACGGUUCUCAAAAUGAUGAUUCUCAUGAUUCUCAGUAUAAUGAAUAUAAUGAAGACCUUCACUGA